GGUAUAUAACAAUUUAACAAACUAGAAUUUGUUCUUAUUAUUUUGCUGUAUUUCAAGUAUAAGGUUGAUUUCUUCAUGAUAUACCUACGUUAACAUCUAAUCGUUUUCAACACACCAUUAAUUAUCAUUCUUUUCUUUAUUAAAAAAAAAAAAAAAAAUGAAACACAGACAACUAAAAUGUCAUUUGAAACUUUUAUUCUGUUCCACUAUGAUAUGCUUCACUCAAUUUCUCAUCGGCUGUUCAUAUUCAUUUUCAUCUACACUUGUGGCAGAACUUCGAGAACCUUCAUCAACAAUACAUUUGACUAUAGAAGAGGAAUCUUGGAUAACAAGUAUUACAAUACUUAUAUGUCCGAUUGGUUUACUCAUAAUUGGAAUAUUAACGGAUAAAUUUGGUAGAAGAAAAACUGUUCAAAUUGUCUAUAUACCAAUGGCUUUAAGUUGGUUAAUAAUUACAUUUGCAAACUCGUAUACAACAUUGUUAAUUGGGAAAAUUAUACUUGGAAUCCCGUUCGGCGUGAGUACGUGCAUGUUCCUGUACAUUUCCGAAAUAUCUCCGGCCAACCUGCGGCCGCUGUACACAACGCUGGUCACCAUGACCGUGGGCCUGGGCAUGAUGGUGGAAUGCGUGCUGGCCAUGUUCUUCAGCUGGCAAACCAUAUCCGGUAUGAUGUUCGUGGUGAGCGUGGCGAAUUUUCUCACGCUGUUCAUGGUGCCAGAACCGCCGAUGUGGCUCAGGUCCAAGGGCCGGAACGCCGAGGCGGACGAGGUGGACAAGUGGCUGGACUUGGCCUACGUGACGCACGUGACGGCCGCGGCGGCGCCGUCGGCCGCUGCCGUGGUCGAACGACACGCCGCCGUAGCCACCACGGUGGACGCCGAUGUGCCGGCCACAGACGCCGAUCCGCCGCCAUCGUACUGGUCGCUGUUCUUGCGGCGCAACGUGUGGAUGCCCACGGCCAUCACGCUGACAUUCUUCGUCUGCCAGCAGGGCAGCGGCGUGUACGUGCUGCUGUUCUACUCGAUGGACGUGCUCCGGGACUGCCGGGUGCCGUGGGACAGCAACACCGUCUCGCUGUUCCUGUCCGUGGCCCGGUUGAUGGGCGGAGUGGGCUUCGCGGCGAUGCACCGCGUCCCGCGACGGAAGCUCGUCGUGGUUUCCGGCGGAUGCAUGGCCGUGUCGCUGCUCGUCGUCGUCGCCUACAUGAGCGCGUUCGCCGGCGUCCAGGACCCGCCGUUCGCCACGACGCUCAUCGUCGCGUUCAUAAUGUUCAUGUUCUUCGCCCUGCUGGCCAUUCUGCCGAUGCCUUGGAUACUGUGUGGCGAGGUUUUCCCGAUGGAAGUGAAAGGUGUUAUGAACGGAGUUGUACAGACAUGUGGAUAUAUUAUGUGGUUUAUGAUUUGCAAAAUAUAUCCAUCAAUGAUCUCAAAUUUAGGAGUGGAAAUCGUUUGGUCGAUAUUUGCUUUCUUCUGUUUAUUGAAUGUGUUAUUCGCCAUAUUUAUAAUGCCCGAAACUAAGGGAAAAACUCUAGAUGAAGUUUUAUUGUAUUUCGAACCACAGAAGCAAGUUGAGAAAUUCAACAUUCCGUAAUAAUACGUUAACAUAUGGGCUUAAAGAAACCGUUGGGCGUGUUUACGUAUCAAUAUAUAUUAUAUAACCCGUUUUAUAAAUAUAAAGUUAUUAUUAGUCCUACUAAUAUAAUAUUGCGCUGAUGAAAUAUUUGUCAAUUGCUUAGUUGUAAAUCAAUAUCCGUGACAUACGGUUAGACAAAUCUUAAUAUUAAAUUAUUUAUUAUGGCCUCUGAAGUUUCAGAGCUGUUCGUGUACACUUUAUAUAGGAUUACCAUUUAUCUUUAUAAUUCAGAUUGUUUUAUUACAUAAGCUUACCCACGUGGUAUACAAUUCGUAUAAAUUUUUAUUUUUUAUCAAUAGCUAUUAUGCUUAUUCGAGAGAUGAUUUGUUUGCUUGUUAAUUUAAAAAACGCGAUUUGAUAUAAUAUUUAACGUUAGGAGUAUUACUUAAUUUCCUAUUUAUCUUCUAAUCUCAAUUACUUAAGCUAUUAUCAAAUACUUUAUUUAGACCUUUAAUUGCCUUAUUAAUUAGCCGUAUAAACGAAGAACUUCAAAUACAAUUUUCUAUUAAGACAGAGACAUAUAUUUCGCGGUCAAAAUCUAAUUAUUUACGAUCGCAAUGAUUUAAUUUUGAACAGUUAUCAGGGUUUUCGGAUCUUGAUAAGAAUUUUUUUAGCUUUUAAAAUUUUCAUCAAACGUAUUAAUUACAUGAAAGUAAAAAACUAAA